GGUUUCCUGGAUAACCAAGGGAAACAGGAAGGCGCAGGUCGGCUGCUGCUGGCUGCCCUCUCCUUGGACUGGGAGGACACAUUCCCCUUCCUGCCCUUUUAGGUUUGGGUAUUUUCUUUUCCUUUGCGGCUUGGCAGCUUUGGAGGGAGGGGGAUCUUUCCUGGAAGUGCAGAGUGAGGCUGAGAAGGAGAGGCUGAGGCAGCGGAUUCCCGGGGAGCCGCUCCUUGGGAUGCCAGACGCGCCUGGCACCGCUCACCCCGCGCGUUCCACACCCAGCCCUGCUCCCCACCGCGCUCACGGCUUUCGUCAGAGCCUUCCCGGAGCUGAGCUGAGCUCAGCUGAGCCGGGCUGGCCGGGAGGGGCGGGCGGGGGCACCGCGGAGCUCGGAGCAGCCCCGCGGGAGUGGCUCCGCUGCCCGGGCAGUGCCGGGGGACCCGCGAUGGGCUCCGGCCGCCGCUGCUCGCUGCUGCCGCUGCUGCUGGUGCUGCUGGAGCUGCCCGCGGCGUGGGGGGACUGUGGGCCACUGCCAAACAUCAGCCACGCCGAGCCCCAGGGGGACACCAAACACCAGCAGAGCUUCAGUGUGGGCUCCACAGUGACCUUCGGCUGCGUCCCGGGUUACACCAAGCUCCCCUUUCUCUCCAACACCAUUCGGUGCCUGUCGAACUCCCGCUGGUCCAGCCUGCCAGAGUUCUGUGGCCGCAGCUGUCCCACACCCAGAUCUGUGCCAUUUGCUGCACUAUCACCAGAAGACAAAAUGCAGAAUUUUUACGCCGUUAACACCACGGUGAGGUACAUUUGUCGCCAAGGUUAUGACAACACCACAGCCCAGCCCCCCACCAGCACCUGUUUGGACAACUUAACGUGGACAGAAGUUCCUGAACUGUGUCAGAAGAAAUCUUGUGGUAUUCCAGCCAAUCCAGAACAUGGCCAAGUCAUCCUAAAAGAUAUCCCAAAAGAUCAUCUGCUGGGUGGAACAGCCAGAGUGGUUUGUGACCAUGGGUACAGAUUAAAGGGAGCAUCACCUUCCAUCAGGUGUCUCCUACAGGGCGACAAAGCUGUCUGGAGUCCUCUUCCAGCUUGUCAGGCGAUUUCCUGCCCCCCUCCUCCAGCCAUCCCCCACGGGCAGCACAGUGGGAACGGCUCGGAGGAGUUCGCGCUGGGCUCCGUCACAACCUACACGUGUGAGCCGGGGCUGGAGCUGGUGGGACAGGACACGCUGCGCUGCACCGGCGACAGCGGCGACAGCGGCGACAGCGGCACCUGGAGCGGGGCCCCGCCCGCCUGCCGGGUUAAAACCACAGCAGAGACAAACCAAACCAAACCCUCAGAAGACAAUCCUUACUGGCUGGCAAGCAUCCUCAUUCCGAGUUGCAUUGUUCCCCCAGUAGCCCUUGGAAUUCUAGCUGGGAUCAUCAUGAGACGGAAAGAGAGUGAAAAGCACUCUUAUAAUGUGAAUUCACAAAAGCAGGAGGUGAAGGGAAGGGAUGAAGCGAUGCACCUGGAGGUUACAGAUGAGAAGAAGCACCCCAAGCCCUGGAAUUCCUAUUUUUGCCACACAGGGAAGUGCCACGUGUGUCCCAGCUGUGAGGAGCAGCUCCACAGUGACCUGGCCCCUCUCUCAGAGCCCCCACGCCACGGCUGUGCCACCUGCCAGGCCUGGCUGAGCUCCCAGCCCCACAAACCCCGCAGCUACUCGGUCCCCAGCAUUGGUGGUGGGGACAGCCAGAGCCCAGCAGGCAUCAGCUCUCCUGCCAAAGCUGGGGAUGUGCUGAGGGCAGAUGGCACAGGAGCAGCUGCUCCAUGGAGCAGUGAGGCAGAGCAGCCCAUGGACCACCAAAGUGACCACAUCUGUCCCAUCUGUGAGAGCUGGCUCCGUGCCCACACUGGCCAGGGUGGCAGCAGUGCCGUGACACCGGGGGAGUGGCAGCACAAGGGCCCCCAGGGCCCGGUCUGUGCCCCCUGCAUGGACAGACAGCUCCUGUCCCUUGUCCACGGGGACACAGCCAGCAGCCCCGUGUGUGCCCUGGCCGGGGAGGGCACCCCAGCCCACCUGGUCCCUCUGCACAGCCCCAGCUGCCACCUGUGCCCCGUGUGCUCGGUGCCCACCCACGCUCACCUGUGCCAGCCCCAGCGCCUGGCACCUGAUGGGAUGGUGCCCACCCUCACCCUCUGCCUGCUGGGCAGCUCCGCUCUGCUCCUCAGCACCACGCCCGGGGCUCAAGCCGCCUGGUGCCCGCCCCCCCGGGUGCCCUACGGGCGGGUGUCCCCUCGUCGCCAUUUCUACCGGACGCGGGACACCGUGAGCGUCACCUGCAACCCGGGCUACAGCCGGCGGGGCCCGGGCAGCAGCACCUGCCGGGCUGCCUCCAGGUGGGACCCCCCUCUGCCGCAGUGCAAAAAGGAGGUGACAUGUCCCCGGGCACCGAGCAUCGCCAAUGGGCUGCACUCUGGGCCCUCCUCGGGCAGCUUUCCCCGGGGAGUGACCGUGUCCUACAGCUGCAGGGAGGGCUUUCAGCUGCUGGGCAACGAGUCCAUCACCUGCACGGACUCCGGGCGCUGGAGCUGGCCCCUGCCCCGCUGUGAAGCGAUCGGCUGCCAGGUACCCGAGGUGCAGAACGGGAAGGUGCACAACGCGCAGAGCACCUACAGAGCUGGAGAGACUCUGCACUUUGACUGUCACCACGGCUAUGCAGCAGAGGACUCCGGUGAGGCUCGGUGCCAGCCCGGGGGCAUCUGGGACCCGCCGGUGCUCGUGUGCCAUAGCGUCCGGCCCUGCCCGAUGCCUCCGGAGGUCGCCAAUGGGAAUCACAACGGCCGGGACAUAGCAGAAUUCACCAUGGGAAUGUCUGUAAGGUACAGCUGCAAUCCUGGCUAUUACCUGGUCGGAAAUGCCGCUGUGUCCUGCAGAGCAUCGGGGAACUGGAGCCAGCCCAGCCCUCGCUGCGAAGAGGUGACAUGUCCCCGGGCACCGAGCAUCGCCAAUGGGCUGCACUCCGGGCCCUCCUCGGGCAGCUUUCCCCGGGGAGUGACCGUGUCCUACAGCUGCAGGGAGGGCUUUCAGCUGCUGGGCAACGAGUCCAUCACCUGCACGGACUCCGGGCGCUGGAGCUGGCCCCUGCCCCGCUGUGAAGCGAUCGGCUGCCAGGUACCCGAGGUGCAGAACGGGAAGGUGCACAACGCGCAGAGCACCUACAGAGCUGGAGAGACUCUGCACUUUGACUGUCACCACGGCUAUGCAGCAGAGGACUCCGGUGAGGCUCGGUGCCAGCCCGGGGGCAUCUGGGACCCGCCGGUGCUCGUGUGCCAUAGCGUCCGGCCCUGCCCGAUGCCUCCGGAGGUCGCCAAUGGAAAUCACAACGGCCAGGACAAAGGGUUUUUUACCAUGGGAAUGUCUGUAAGGUACAGCUGCAAUCCUGGCUAUUACCUGGUCGGAAAUGCCGCUGUGUCCUGCAAAGCAUCGGGGAACUGGAGCCAGCCCCGCCCUCGCUGUGAAAGGACUGUCUGCAUCAAUCCAAUCGUAGCCAAUGGAAGGCAAGUCGGUGGCCACGGGCUUCUCUCUGCCCCCGGGCAAACGGUGACAUUUCGGUGCCACGAUGGUUACAGCCUGCAGGGCAGUGCCAGCCUGUCCUGCCAGGAGGAUGGCAGCUGGCAGCCCCCUGCUCCUGUGUGUGACAGAGCACUGCCCCACCACCACUCCUUCACCAGGUCUCCAGGUGCUUGUGGUGCUCCCACAAGGUUGCAGUUUGCUGAGCUAAAUGAGGAGCACAGAAAUGCCAUUGAUUUUCCUGUUGGGAAGACUGUGCAAUACACUUGCCGCCCUGGAUAUGCUAAAGUGCCAGGAAUGUCACCUACUCUGACAUGCCUUGAGAGUGGAGUGUGGUCAGAAGCACUAGAGUUCUGUAAAAGGAAACAGUGCAGUCACCCAGGUGAGCCUAUGAAUGGCAGGAUUAUUUCCCUGACAAAUCUCCAGCUUGGGUCUACAGUGGUUUACAGCUGUGAGGAAGGGCACAGGUUAAUUGGACAAGCCAGCAGGCGCUGUGAGGUCUCUGGGGGACGUGUUGCAUGGACUGGCCAUACUCCCCUCUGUCAGCGCAUCCCCUGCGAGCCACCGCCGGACAUCCCCAACGGGCAGCACACGGGCCGGCUGCUGAACGAGUUCCACUACGGCACGGCCGUGACCUACAGCUGCCAGCGCGGCUUCCCCCUGCACGGGGAGCCCUCCAUCCACUGCACCACCCGCGACGGCCGCAACGGCGUCUGGAGCGAGCCCCUGCCGGCCUGCGGAGAGGCGAACUGUCCUGUCCCACAGCUCCAGCACGGGAGGAUCCUGGCUGCCAGGGCUGCCUACGCACACAAGGACACUGUGACCUUCCAUUGUGACCCAGGCUAUGCCAUUCGUGGCCACAGAGAGAUCCAGUGCCAGCCAAACAACACCUGGGAGCCGCCUGUGCCCGUCUGCGAGCAGGCUGGCUGCGGAGCCCCUGCCAGGCUGGGCUUUGCCGAGCUGAAGGAGCCCUACAGGAACCAGACAGUGUUUCCUGAGGGGAGCAGGGUGGAAUUCGUGUGCCAGCCUGGCUACAGCCAGCUCCUGGGGGUGUCCCCAGCCAUCACCUGCCUCAGGAACCAGACGUGGUCUGCAGCCCUGGAGUUCUGUAAAAGGAAGCAGUGCCCCAGCCCAGGGAACCCGGCGAACGGCAGAGCUGUUGUCCUCACAGAUCUCCUCUUCGGGUCCAAAAUUAAUUACACUUGUGACAAAGGGUACAAGCUGGUGGGAGGCUCCCAGAGAAUUUGUGAGGUCUCUGGCAACCACGUCUCAUGGAGUGGGGAUCCUCCUGUCUGCCAGCGUGUCACCUGCGCUGCCCCUCCGGCCAUUCCCCACGGGACACACAGCGGGGGCUCCAGGGACACCUUCUCCCUGGGGGACGUGGUCACCUACACCUGUGCCUCGGGGCUGGCCCCAGCUGGAGACACCUCCCUGUCCUGCACCUCUGUGGACGGGGAGCGCGGCACGUGGAGUGGGACAGUGCCACGGUGCCAAGAGGUGAGCUGCCCUGCCCCGCCGAGCAUUGCCAACGGGCAGCACAGCGCCAGCCCCGGCGCCAGGCACAGCCCGGGCUCCGUGGUGCUCUACACCUGCGCCGAGGGCUACUCCCUGCUGGGCGACGCCUCCAUCCGCUGCACCGCCAGGGGCACCUGGAGCCGGCCCCAGCCCCGCUGCCGAGUGCCGCCGUGUCCUUCCCCUCCAACUAUCAGAAAUGGCCAGCACGACAGCAAGGGGGUGGCAGAGUUCAUCCCUGGCAUGGCAGUGAAGUACCACUGUGACCCAGGCUACCUCCUCACUGGGAAAAGCUCCAUUUCCUGUUUGCCAUCGGGAGUCUGGAGCAUCCCUUACCCCCGCUGUGAAGUGAUCACCUGCAGCAGCCCCAGCAUCAAGGACGGGGAGGUGGCUGAGGGCCGGAGGGCUGUGUACCACCCUGGGGACAACGUCACCUUCCGGUGCCACCCAGGCUUCGUGCUGAGGGGCAGCCGUGGGGCCAAGUGCCAGCCUGACAGCCGCUGGGUGCCCGCGGUGCCCACCUGCCAGCCAGUGCGGCCCUGCCCUCCGCCCCCCGUCAUCGCCCACGCCACGCUCAGCGCCGAGCCCGGGACCAACUUCACCACUGGCACCUCCGUGAGCUACAGCUGCCAGCCUGGCUUCUCCCUGCUCGGGGACCCCUCCGUGCUGUGCACGGCCUGGGGCAACUGGAGCCUUCCCUACCCUCGCUGUGCAGCCGGUUGUGGCACACCAACACCGUUGCUAUUUGCUGAGCUAAGCAAGGAAUAUGAAAAUCAGACUGAGUUUCCUGUUGGGAUGACUGUGAACUACACUUGUCGGCCUGGAUACGUGGAACAGCCACAGAUAACACCAUCUAUCACAUGUCUUGAAAAUCUAACAUGGUCUGAAGCCCAGGAGUUUUGCAAAAUGCUGCAAUGCCCUUCACCACCAAAUAUUGCCAAAGGAACCCACGACAGCCAGGACUUGGAGGUUUUUCCCACUGGGAUGGUUGUGAACUACAGCUGUGACCCUGGCUACAGCCUCCGGGGAGAGGCGUCCAUCUCUUGCACCAGCUCUGGCAACUGGAGCCUCCCUCUCCCUCAGUGUGCAGGGGUGGUGUGCCCAGCCCCACAGGUGCAGAAUGGGAGGGUGGCUGUCCCCAGGCCCCGCUACACCUACGGGGACUCUGUCACCUUCAGGUGCCGCAGAGGCUUCACCCUGCGAGGCCACCCCACGUCCCAGUGCCAAGGGGACAGGAGGUGGCACCCACCUGUACCUGUCUGUGAGCAGGAUGGAGUGUCGGAACGUUAUCACCACCCUGAUAAAAAACCCACAGCAAAGCCAGCUGUGAAGUGUCCGCAGCCUCCAAGCAUCACCAACGGGAGGCUGAAAGGCAACGCCUCUGCCACCUUUCCCCCCGGAGCCGCUGUGUCCUACGGCUGCGAUCCCGGUUACUCCCUGCUUGGGAACGCUUUCAUCAACUGCACGGGGUCGGGGUCCUGGAGCCAGCCCCUCCCGCAGUGCAAAGAGAUCAGAUGUGAAUUCCCGGAUGUCCAAGGUGUUAAAAAAGCCAUUAAAGGAAGUACUUAUCGCUCUGGCACUAACAUCACUCUUGAAUGUGACGAUGGUUACGCGCUGGAAGGCAUCAGUCACACCCAGUGCCAAGAGGAUUUCAGCUGGGACCCUCCCGUGCCAGCCUGUAAACUGACGUCCCCCAAGCCCGGGUCAGUAGGCCUAGGGGCCCCGGCGGGCGGGCCCGGCCAUGGCGGAGCCGCGCUGAGGGCGGGCCGGACGGGGCGGGCCGCGCAUGCGCACCCGGCCCUGCGCUGCGUCUCCGGCGGCGCCGGGAGGGAGCGGAGCGGCCGCAGCCGCGGCCCUGCUGCGGGAAUGGAAUGGCUCUCGGUGCUGCCGCUGCUGCUGCUGUCGCUGUCCGUGCUGGUGCUGUGGCAGCUCGGCGGAGCCCGGGCUCAGGGCUCAUGUCCCAAGCCAGAGCGGCAGCAGAAUGCAGAGCUCGAUGAGAACUCCAGGGACAUCCAGAAUUUUCCACCUGGAACCAAAAUCACCUUCGUCUGCCGGCCAGGAUACAUAAGGGUCCCAGGGAAGUCACUGACCUGGAUGUGUGGUGAGGACUUGCAGUGGUCAGAAACAAGCGUGUUCUGUAAAGCGAGACAAUGUAAAUACCCAGGAUCCUUGGAAAAUGGUCAUUAUGAUCCAGGAGAUCUUGCAUUUGGUUCAAAAUUGACAUUUCAUUGUAAUGAAGGAUACAGAUUACGGGGUAAGGGAGAGAUUUCCUGUGUAAUCUCCAUGAGUGGAGGUGUUGACUGGAAUGGAGCUCUGCCUUACUGUGAAAUAAUUCCUUGUGAGCCACCUCCCAAAAUAGCCAACGGGGAGUACGAGGAGAGAGACAGCUACGUGUACCAGACCUCAGUGACCUACAGGUGCCUGGGUGCCCCCCAGGGCAGUGAUCCCUUCUCCCUCAUUGGCCCAGAAACCAUUUACUGCACAUCUGAUGCACACUCAAACGGAGUUUGGAGUGGGCCACCUCCAGAAUGUCGAGUGGUCAAAUGUGAGGACCCCAGAGUUGAAAAUGGGAGAAAAAUAUCUGGAUUUGGAUUUCCCUACAGAUACAAGGACUCAGUUGUGUUUGAGUGUAAUCAAGGCUAUUUCAUGGUUGGAGCACAGGUAAUUACCUGUGAAGAAAGUAACACCUGGGUUCCUCCACAACCAACCUGUGAGAAAAUUACUCCAGAUUUGUGUCCUGCCCCGAAGAUCCCCAACGGGGCCCUGAUUCCAGACAAACCUGCCUAUACAAGAGGAGAGUCAGUGCAGAUCAGGUGCAAUGGUGGCUGCUCCUUCCCUGAUGGCUCUGCAGAGAUGACAGUGACCUGCCAGGGACAGAGUUCCUGGGGUGUUUUACAGCAGUGUUCCUGUGAAUCUGAAGGUUCUGGUUCCACACCAGUCAUAAACCAUGGGAGAGUGGUAGAGGGAGAAAAAUCUUCCUACUCUGUGGGGGAUUUCAUUACCAUUGAAUGUUACACGGGCUACACCUUGAAUGGGGAGGCUCGGAUUCAGUACGUUGGAAACAACCAGUGGGUGCCUGCAGUGCCAACCUGCCAGCUCAGUGGAUAUAUCAUAGCCAUCAUCUGUGUGAUUGUGGUAGUUGUGGUGCUCCUGGCAGCCUUCUGGAUCUACAAGAAAUUCUUCUCACAGAAUGGAUGUAACAUGACCAUCGUCAAAACAAGAGCAGGAGGAGAUCACGGCCGUCUCGUCCUUCACAGAGCCUUCCUUCACUGGCUGACAAGAAGAGGGGCCACCAUUGUCUCUGCUGUGGCUGUUGUUGCCCUGCUCUGCAGAUCUGGCGCUGCGGGAGGCAAGGAUGCUCUGAGGGAGCCAGCUACAGCCAGCGAAGACUCAAGCACCCUGCAGAGCCCAGGCUGCAGCCCAGGCGAUGGGGACGGCGGCCACGCGGUGCCUGAGCCCAGCGAUUGUUGCUAAACAACCAACCCUGAUGCUGGAGAUGUCAGCCAGUGCAAUCCCUGCCCCAAGCAGUUCACAGUGCUGCCAACACUCCAGCAUCUCACAAGGGAGAAGGAAGCAAGGAGAAAAGCCCUGAACCCCAGUACUUUCCCCUGCACCAUGGGCUGCAGCUCUGACACGUCAUCAUUGCAAGUGGAUGGCGAAACGAGACCUCCUGGGAGCACCCAUGGGUGAAGGACUGCACCCAGCAGAGCCAGCAGUGACCAGCUCCUGUCCUGCCUCCUGCCCGAGGGACAUCUGGCAUCCUGGGGUCAGAGGUGAGCAUGGAGCGAGAGCGGGCAGAGAGUGGGCAGGGAGCAGGAGUGGGA